AUGUAUGAAGUAUGUGGAAGGAAAACUCCGCUCAUAGUGGCCGCCGAGCAUGGCUACUACGAGGUAAUGUAUGACCUUCUGGAACACAAAGCAUCAGUUUCCCAAACUGAUGGAUGGGGCAACACUCCCCUUCACUCUGCGUCUGCUGCAGGGCAUUUGGAUUGCGUGAUGCUUCUUCUGCUGCGCCAUAGUCCCUUGGAACUCGCAAAUCGUAGCCAACGCACUCCACUAAUGGUGGCUGCCAUGGAAGGUCACAUCGAAGUUGUUCGGCAUCUGCUCGGCUGCAACGCUGUAUUAAGCCCUCAACUGAACGACAACAGGGAAUCCGCUCUAACACUUGCAUGCAAAUCGGGCAAAGUAGAGAUUGUGAAGCUUCUCCUGGAACGUGGACCUCCGAUAGCAGAUAGGAGGGGAGAGUUAAAUGCUGCACUACGAGAGGCUGUGCUAUUGGGCCACGUAGAGCUGGUCCAAAUCCUGCUCAAUCACGGGGCAGAUGCCAAUCAUUACGAUGAUACUUACACACCACUCAUCUUUUUGGCUAUCAGUUCUAACAAUGUCAAUACUCUAGACCUUCUCAUAACCAAUGGAGCAAAUAUUGAGCAGUUAGAUGGACAAGGUUAUACACCACUGAUGGAAGCUACAAGAACCGGAAAGAUCGAAAUGGUUGCCGCAUUGUUGGCUGCUGCAAUGGCAAUAGCUCAGCAUGUUUGUGUAGUACAGUUGGAUAGGCAGUUAGACAUGUAA